AGUUUGUUUUCACCAUGCGUGCUCUUCGGUACCUCCUGUUACUGCUGCUCCUCGUUGUUUGCAGCGCCUUUGUGGCUUCAUCUGUGCCCCGCCAGCGUCGUCAGAUCGAUUUGACGCUCUCCGCGGAGCAUGACGACAAGGACGAUGAGACUGAACUGGCCCUGGAGGCAAUAGCGGGCCUGUGGCAGAGCGCCGACAGUCGGACGAAGGUGGAUGGAUCCGCCAGUCUGGUGCAUCGCACCAUGGGCGGCACGCAAUCGGGUUCCGAGCAGGACUUUCGUCUGGGACUGCGUGUUACCUUCGAAUAGCAGGACAGGCGAAACCGGCGGGAUGGAUGGGAGUUCCAGACAUAGCCACCCGUUGAGGGAAAU